UUUUGUAGACCAUAUAAGACAGAUUUCAAACAUGUAUAUUUCGGGUGUGCUGAUUUCACUUGGUCUGGUAGCAGUUUUGACGACAGAUAUUGGAUAUGGAUGUGAGGAUACAUGUAAUUGGCAAUUAGUAUUCCAUGCAGUCCAAGGUAAUGGUGAAUCUGUCCUUGAUGCCUGGAAUACAAAGUCACCAUCACAAUGUAGUCCUGACAAUGGCUGCCUUCCUUCACGUUUUACCUUGGAUCACUGGAGAGAUAAUGCAAAACAUCUGCGAAGUUCUCUUAUAGAUCAGUGGGAAUCGCUCAGUAUCAAAAAGAUCAGAGUGGAGCUUGGUGGACAGGGGAAGGUAUUAGCCUUCUUAGAAUUUGAUGGAAGCGGAAGUAACAACAAAGACUGGUUUAGCAAAUCAAGACUUCUCAAUAGUAGUUGGUCCGAUCUCAAGACCUCCAGCACAAAUUACUUUUCUAUGAAAGGACACGACAGCGAUAUAAAUAUUGAGAAAAGGCACUUUUUUGUCAACAAACAUUAUGGAGGAUGUACUGAUAUUGGAUGGUUCGUAGUUAUAGACAAAACCGAUAUAUGUCCAUGGGCAAAAAAAGGAGCAGUCCCCUUGUUUUUGUAUAGCAACGGACCACAGGCUGCUAACUGGGAUCACAGUCCAGGAGUCGCCGAUGUGAUGAAUGUAUAUAUCCAAACAUUGUAAAUUUUAUGGACUAAACCUUGAAAGUCUUACUGAUUAUGUAUUUGUAAAGUUAUGUAUAUUGAAUAAUAUUUCUUAUACGACAGUUUAGUAUGAAUUGCAAUAAAUGUGGUUCAUUGGA